AUGUAAGAAUUCAAAAUUUUGGCUUCUAUCAAAUCUAAAGACUCAACUUUAAAGAUUAGGCUCGCGGGAUUGACAACCAAUUAUAAAAGUCCUGUGUACAUAUAUCUAGUUCCAGGCAAUGAAUCUAUAUCAUUUCAACUUAACAGUCCUCCUUCUGAAGUUUAAUUCAAAAUUUAUCCUUUUGUAGGUGAAUCUUUAGAUUACUUUAACUAUUCAAUCCAAAACCUACAACCUGGAAACAAUUUUAGCAUUUAUUACUAUUUUGAGAUUUAUAUUCUCUAAAUUGAUGUAAUUCAAUAAUCCAUCGAUUAUGGUAUUCCUUUGGUGAUUAAUUCUCAAGAAUUGACAGGUUCCUUUUAACUUCCAAAUGGAAUUGUUGAUGAUGCGAUAUCCAUUCUAUGUUAAAUUGAAUCCUCAAAAGGAUCAAAGUCGUAUUUAGUAUAGUAUAUUCAAGUCAAUAGAAAAAAUUAUCAGAUAAAUAAAUUAUAUUAAGCCUUCAAUAAUCAAACUAAUUUUUCAAAUUUGCAAAGUAUUCACACUAUGACUAAACUAAUGGAAAUUGAAUAAUAAUAGGUUUGCUUGAAACAAUGUUCAGGCGUUGGUACAUGCUUUGAUAAAAAGUGCAAAUGUCCUCCAGAAUAUUAUUUUGACGACUGCAGUGGAACCCUAUAGGAACAUAAUAAUUUCAGCAACCUUAUUUUAAAUGCUUUACAAUAAUUAAUUAAAAUUCCAAUAACAAAUGAUGAUGAGUUUAGAUUAUUUAGUUAAUCUUUAUUGUACUUAUCCACUCUAAUUGAUUUAAAUAAUACAAUUACAAAUUUAGAUUGCUAAUAAAUUUUAGAACAAUACAUUUAAAAUCUUAAUUCAAGAUUAUAAAAAAUCAAUCAAUACUCAAUUAAUCUUCAAUAUCAGUCAACCACUUAUCUUAAUUACUCUCAAAUUGAUAUAAGAUCAUUUAAAAAUUAGAAUGAUUUGCACACAGCCUUAAAGAGCACAGUAAUUAUGUGGGCCAUAACUUUAUUUACUUAAGACUCUGCUGUCUAUUAAUUGCAAAGUCGCUUAAAAGACUUUUUGUCAGCCAUAAUAGAACUGUCUCUAUUUGGUAUUGAACUCAACGAAUCUAUUGAUUACUCCUUUGAUAUAGCCUUUUUAAAAAUUUAAAGAGUUAGUAAUAUAUCUAAUAUCACAAAGGAAAGAAUAUUAGUUGAAACCACUGGAAAUCAUUUCAGUGAUUCAGAAUACUAUGACGUUGUUUAAGCUAUAUAUAUUCGAAAUUAUUUCUCUUUUGAUGGUUACUAUCCCUAUCCUUUAUAAUUAUAUCCUCUUUACGAUUACUAAAUACGUCAAUAAAAUAGAAAAUAAAAUAUUUUAUUAUCGACAUACAUCUCAUACAAAUUUAAAGCACUUAAUGAUACUACAAAUUUGGUUUGCUUAAUGAGAAAUUCUUAGACAUAUGAAUGGUCAAAUCAUAAUUGCACACUUCAUGAAUUGAAUACAUCCUAUUUUUGUAAUUGUACAACACUUGCGCCAACAACUAUUUGUAAUGAUUAUGACUACCUUUAUUUAAGAUCUCCUUAGUUCUAAUUAAAAAUUCCCAAUCUGUUAUAUAUUAUUUACUUUGCAUAACUAAUCAUAUUAGGGAUAUUUUUCAUUUAGGCAGGGAAGUCUCAGCGUGAUAAAUCUAUAGAUAAUAAUAAAUUUGGCUAAGUUAUGAAAUUGGCAAAAAGGAGCAAAGCAGCAAUUUAAGGAAAUAAAAUAAUUCCUAUUGAGGACGAAGUAAGAGAAAUGCAAUUAAAGCAUAGAUUGAGAUAAACAACUUAAUUAAUUAUAUCAGAUCCACUAGCAUCAAUCUCAUUUGUGAAGACGAUCAAAACAACUCAUAAAUAGGGUAUUAAUUGUAUGGUCCAAUUUGAUGAUGAUUUUAUUGCUACUGGUUCAAAUGAUAGGACAGUCAAAAUAUAUAGAUAUAGAGUUUAUGAACUAUUUAAGGAAAUACAAUUUAAGAGUGAUGUGACAUCCUUGGCUGUUUAAGUAAGAAAGGACUUUAGAUUAAAUUCUCAAAAGUUAGUUAAGUACAUUUUUUAUUUAACAAAACUUUCUUCAAAUUGUUAAAUUAUUCAAAAAAUAUAUGGGGAGGGCUUUUGUCUUUACUCUAAGGCAACCUCGCUUUUUGAUAAUUUUAUAUUUUAACCAAUUCAUUCAUCUAAGAAAAUAUAUAAUAUUACUUUUAUUAAAGCAUAAAGAAUAGCAUUUGUGCAAUUUGCAAUUCAACAAAUGGUUUUUUAAGUAAUGGAUAGAAGUUCGAAUCAUCUAACAAAACUAAAAGAAUAAAUGAAGGCUAGGAUCAGUUGA